ACUCCUAGUGCCUUCCACAGAGAGGGAGGUCUGAGCAGACCUCAGCUUCUCACUUUUCGUCACUUCUGGAGGAUUACACCGACUGAAGAGACUGUCUUGGGACAGACACCCUCACUGCACCAUGGCCUUUGCAACUGCCCUGGUGGCUGAGUUCCAGGAAGAGGCCAUCUGCCCCAUCUGCCUGGAUUACAUGACAGACCCAGUGACAAUUGCCUGUGAGCACAACUUUUGUCUCUCUUGCAUCCUCCAGCGCUGGGAAGGCCUACAGGGCACCUUUCCCUGUCCUGUCUGCCUUCACCACUGCCCUGACAGGAGCUUGAAGAGGAACCCCCAAUUAUGUCACGUGAUGGAGACUGUUCAGCAGAUUCCCACCAUGAAGGUAAAGAGAAAAAGGCAAGAGGAACCCCUGUGUAAGAAGCACCAUGAGGUUCUGGCUCUGUUCUGUGAGAAGGACCUGGAGCUGCUGUGCGCCCAGUGCAGGGUCUCCCCUGAUCAUGGGGAUCACCCCCUGAUUCUCACUGAAGAAGCUGCAGCUACUCACAGGAGGAAGCUCAAGAGCUGUAUUGUGUCCUUGAGCAAGCAGAUUAAAGAUACUGAAAAUCGGUCAGAAAUGCAAGUGCUGAAAUGUUUUGAAUUAAGACAGAAGAUAGAAAAUCAAAAGGAUGAAUUGCAAACUGAAUUUAAACAACUUAAACAUUUCUUGGAAAAGAAACAGAUGGAAACUCUUACUAGUUUGCUAAUUGAAGAAAUAAAAGUUCAAGAAAAAUUAAUUGAGGAGAAAAACCAAAUAUCAAACCACAGUUCCAUAUUAAAUAGUCUGCUUAGUGAUAUUAUCAGUAAGUGUUUGCAGACAGACGUGGAUUUACUCGCUGGUAUUGUAAGUAUCCACAACAGUUAUGAAAACCUAGAAACCCCACCCAUCUUUUUAUAUGAGUUAAAGGAGGAGAGUUUUGAACUCCCCCCAUAUUAUUUGGGCCUGCAUAAAAUGAUCCGCACGUUUCAUGUAGAUUUGACAUUGGAUCCUGAAACUGCCCAUCCAAGUCUCUAUAUCUUAAGAGAUAGAAAAAGUGUGGUCUAUAGAACAUCAUUUGGUCGUCAUAACCUUCAGGCACCCACUUCUUGCGCAGCUGUCCUGGGUUCUGAGGGGUUUGACGCUGGCAGGCAUUUUUGGCAGGUAGAAGUAGGAGGCACAGGGAUGUGGUCCUUGGGCGUGUGUAGGGAAUCUUUGCCCAGGGAUGCUCUGAUGUCACCAUUCCCAGUGAAUGGCUGCUGGAAACUUCAGCUCUGGGCUGAUACAUCUGUCACAUGCCGUUCAGUCAACUGGGGACCGAUAGGCAUUUUUCUGGACUAUGAGCUGGGAGAAGUUUCAUUUUAUAACUUAAGAAAGAGAUCACAUUUGUAUACUGUCAGCGAAAGUUUUACAGAAAAACUUAUGCCCUAUUUCUGCCUUGGACCUUCUUCAAAAUCACUUGUAAUGCGUAUAGCCAAAGAUAAAUGAUGAACUGCCUUGUAAUCUGUUCCAUGCAUUCUACUUUCUUCUGUGUUAAUAGAGAGUGCUUGUAAUAAAAACACAAUUCUGAUAAAAAUAAAAAAUUAAAAAACAAAGUGGAGUUGAUGUUAAUAACGCCUGUCACACGAGGACUGAGAGGGUGUCUGGGACAUGUGCCCACUUGUUGCUCUCAUUGGCCACUCCAGCCCCUCCAGGAUACAAGUCCACACACAUUCCUCCUACAGCCCUGGAAGUCUUAAAUAGUUUCCCUUGUGUUGCAUCUUUUCUCACCUUUAUACUCGACUGUUAAUACCCACCUGUUACAGUCAUUUUUUGAAUGAAUGAGAUUAUACUUCAUCUCUACCCCCUGUGCUGGCACUUUUACCACCAACUUUUAGUUUUCCCAACAACUAUGCUUGUAAAGCCGCUUAUAGGAUCUAGGCCAGGACUUUUUCCCCUCUUUUUCUUUCCUGUGAACUGAUCCAUGGCUCUACCUCUUUCCUCUUUGCAGUUUACUCUUCAAUCUGUUUUCCCAGUGCUACAUUUCUAAAUGAUGAGUAGAUUUUUAUUUCUAUUUGCACAUCAUGCAGUGACCUCAAACACCACAUAAUUUGUAAGUCAAUAUCACCAUCUCCAUUUGGCUACCUCCCUCUCUCUCUCUCUCUCUCUCUCUCUCUCUCUCUCUCUUUCUCUCUCUC